AACGAGGAAGAGAUCUAUCAUCUAUGGCGAAACACAAAAAAGCUACUCCGUAAUUUACUGCAAAAAUUUCAUAUCCUCUGAAUUCCUGAUACUCCAUCACAACCAGCAAUCAACAUAAUUCUUCAUAUUCCUUCAACGCAAUUAAAGAGGCAAUUCAGGAAUGGAGGCUUCGCAGGGCGGGGGAGGAUCAGAGCGGGAGAAGUCCAGCUCCACGAAACCGCCGUCUGCUACUCCGGCCGCCGCUGUCGCUAGCUUCUGGAAGGACUUUGAUUUGGAGAAAGAAAAGAGUAUACUAGACGAACAAGGUCUUAGAAUUGCUGAAAACCAGGAGAAUAGUCAGAAAAACCGUCGAAAGCUUGCAGAGAGCACACGAGAUUUCAAAAAAGCACCAAAUGAAGAGAAAUUGAGCUUAUUCAACUCUUUACUUAAGGGUUACCAAGAAGAGGUUGAUAAGCUUACCAAAAGAGCAAAAUUUGGGGAAAAUGCUUUUCUUAACAUUUACCAAAAACUAUACGAGGCACCAGACCCUUUUCCAGUUAUUGCUUCAAUUUCUGAAAAAGAUUCAAAAUUAUCUGAAUUGGAGUCUGAGAAUCGCAAAAUGAAGGUAGAGCUUGAAGAGUAUCGUAUGGAGGCAACUCACCUAAAGAACCAACAAGCAACAAUAAGGAGGCUUGAAGAUCGUUGCCGCCAAUUAGAACAACAGAUGGAAGAAAAAGUGAAGGAAAUUGUGGAGAUUAAACAACGCAGUUUGGCAGAAGAAAACCAGAAAACCUUGGAGGUUCUGAAGGAGAGGGAGCAAGUAUUGCAGGAUCAACUACGGCAGGCUCAAGAUAGUGUUUCCACCAUGCAAAAAUUGCAUGAACUUGCACAGAGCCAGUUGUUUGAAGUUCGUGCUCAGUCAGAGGAAGAGAGAGCAGCAAAGCAAUCAGAAUUCAAUCUCUUGAUGGAUGAAGUUGAACGGGCUCAAGCUCGCCUGAUGAGUCUUGAGAGAGAAAAGGGAUUGUUGCGUUCCCAGUUACAAUCAGCUAAUGAAGACAAUGAUGAAAGGAAAAGCGAAAGUUUGGAUGCAAAUAGCAUCCUUGAAAACUCCAUGAGUGCCAAAGACAAGUUAAUCUCUGAAUUAAAUGCGGAACUUCAUAAUUUGGAGAAUACCUUAUCAAAUGAGCGAGAACAACACUUGAAUGAGAUGAAGAAGCUGCAUGCCCUCCUUCACGAAAAGGAUGUCUCUCUAGAAGAAACAAAGAAGGAACUCCAAACAAGACCAACACUUAAGCUAGUGGAUGACUUGAGAAAGAAAGUAAAAAUUUUACAGGCAGUUGGCUACAACUCAAUUGAGGCCGAAGAUUGGGAAGCUGCUACAAGUGGAGAAGAGAUGAGUAAACUUGAGUCAUUACUUCUUGACAAGAACCGAAAAAUGGAGCAUGAGUUGACACAGUUAAAGGUCAAGCUCUCAGAAAAGACUUCGUUGCUGGAAUCGGAUCAAGCUAAAAUUACUGAUCUAAAUGCUAAGGUCAACGAACAACAACAACUAAUCCAGAAGCUAGAGGAUGAUAUACUAAAGGGUUAUAGUUCGAAAGAAAAAAAGAGUAAAAUCUUUGAAGAGUGGGAUCUGUCAGAGUCUGGAGGAACUGAGCAAUCUGAGACUGAAGAACAAAAACGUGCUCAGUCAGAUCAAGAUCAAAGCUCAAUGCUUAAGGUGAUUUGCAGCCAACGAGAUCGCUUCAGGACACGAUUACGGGAGACUGAAGAGGAAAUAAGGCAGCUGAAGGAGCAGAUAGGGAUUUUGACGACAGAACUUGAAAAAUCUAAAGCAGACAAUGUUAAACUUUAUGAAAAGAUACGAUUUGUCCAGGAUUACAACUCGGAGAGAAUUAUUUCAAGAGGAGCAAAGAAGCAUGCUGAAGAUUUAGAAAGUGGUUUCAGCUCUGAUGUGGAAUCCAAGUACAAAAAGAUGUAUGAGGAUGACAUAAAUCCAUUUGUUGCAUUCUCAAGGAAGGAAAGAGAUCAAAGAUACAAGGAGUUGGGCUUGAGAGAUAAAAUUACUCUUAGUAGUGGACGUUUCCUUCUGGGUAACAAAUACGCCCGAAGUUUUGCGUUCUUCUACACCAUUGGAUUGCAUAUUUUAGUAUUCACCUGCCUUUACAGGAUGUCUGCAUUGAGCAAUCUCAGCAAUGUUUCUGAAGAUAAGAUUAUGGAUCUUCCUCAUCCAGAAUAGUGCCUUUUGUUCCUUCCUACUGUGAGAGCAACCUUAACAAGUUCACACAGUGCAAAUAUGAAACAUGUAUUUUCUGGCAUUUGACCUUCACUGUAAAUGUUGAAUAUUUUAUGAGUUUAUACUCCACAGGGUAUGAUUAUGGACUGGCAUAUCAUACUCUCUCUGCCCUGAUUAAGUUCUCGCUUUGACUUUUUCAGUCAAAGUUUACUAACUUUUACUGUUAAUUAUUUGAGAAAUCAUGUAGCAUUAGUUUAUGAAAUGAAAAUACUAAAAAUAAUUGUUCAUU